UGUUCGGAGACCCGGAUGGUAGGAGAAAGAAAGGCCAUCGAAAGGACGUUCGGAAUUGGCUGCUUUGCCUCGCCCGUCCUCAGUUUCAUUCACUCAGUCAGUUACCGAAUGAGCGCGAGCAAACAAGAACGUAAAGUGUGCAUCCGCGACCUCGAUUACUCAAAACACGUCAAUAAGAUGGUACGAAGCCUAACUCACUGGACGAAGACUUUGAGUUUCCCGGCCAGGAUUUCGCCAAAGCAACAGCGCGAACCCACGUUGACCCCAACGCCCAGCAACAGCUCUAUUAACAACAAUCUGAACAACAAUAAUGAGAUUAACAGCAUGAUGGACAAGAGCCAAACGUCGCUGACCGAAGUCAACCAAAUAUACUCAGAUCCAGAGUCAGAGAAGUCUAUUAUGAGUUCUGUGGUUUACUGCAUCCAUCACAAGGAGGGUUGUAAAUGGUCCGAUGAACUGAGGAAGCUUAAGGGUCAUCUCAACACCUGCAAACACGAUGCCAUCCCUUGUACCAGUAAAUGCGGUGCCCAAAUACCAAGGGUAUUGAUGGAGGACCAUCUCAAGUACACCUGCCCACAGCGGAGAGCCAGGUGUGAGUUUUGUAACAAGGAGUUCACUGGACACGUCUUGGAGAAUCACAUUGGUACUUGUGGAUACGAGCCUCUAUACUGUGAGAAUAAGUGCGGCGUGAAGAUACACAGGCGACAUUUGUCCCAACACAAGUCGGGCGACUGUUCCAAGCGACUUGUACCCUGCAGGUACUGCUGCAAAGAGUUUGUAGCCGACACUCUGUCUGCACACAACGUCAAAUGUGGCAGGGUUCCUGUGGUGUGUCCAAACAGAUGCGACAUCAACCUGCUAGCCAGAGAAGAGCUGGACUCCCAUCUCAAAGAGGAGUGCACCAUUUCUGUCUUGCCAUGUACCUUCAAAGAUGCCGGAUGUAGAUUCAAGGGUCCCAGGUUUUCCAUGGAAACCCACUUGGAAGAAAACUGCCGGCAACACCUCAACAUGAUGUGCAACGUAGUCACCAAACAGCAACACCAAAUCUCCUCGUUGAAGAAUGCCCUGUCCAAGUUGUCUCUCAACUACUCCGGCACCUUGAUAUGGAAGAUCAGCGAUUUCUCUUCAAAACUGAACGAAGCCAAAAACAAGGAGGGGAUGGAACUAGUUUCCCCUCCUUUCUUCACUAGUCAAUAUGGAUACAGAUUACAGGCCUCCCUCUUCCCUAACGGUAACGGAGCAGGAGAAGAUAGCCACAUCUCUGUCUACAUCAAGAUCCUGCCAGGCGAAUAUGACGCCCUCUUGCGGUGGCCCUUCGCCCAUUCGGUGUCUUUCACCCUCUUCGACCAAUCGUCUUGCCCGGAAAAAGCCUGCAACAUAGUGGAAAGCUUCAUCCCCGACCCUACUUGGAAAAACUUCCAGAGGCCCAGCAAAGAACCGGACUCUCUUGGUUUUGGCUUUCCCAAGUUCGUCUCACAUGAAAUGCUCAAGAAGAGGCACUUCCUGAAGGACGACACUAUGUUCAUCAGGGUCAAAGUUGACCCUAGUAAGAUCGUAGCUGUGUGAGGAAGAAUAAGAAAUCUGUGGCGUAGGCACUUAAUGCGAGGAGUUUAUUUAUGUUUCUGUGGUUCGGUUACAUAACCUCUGUUUGCUCGAACGGUGAUUGUCAAAGUUGUUAUGAUGUGAUUUGAUGGAGAUUUUAGUAGUGAUCGAGUUAAAACAUGUUUGAAUCAUUCCAGGAUAAAUAAGAGGUAUGUUUCUCAUGUUAUUCUAUUGAGAACUACUGGGAAUAUUUCCUUUCAUGUUCAGUGCCUUCGCAAAAUCUAGUUAGCUGAUUUCACGCUUUUCAAACAAAGUCUACUUGAUUUGUCAAGCGUACAACUGUGAUGUUUUAUAAUGAGUCGAUUCGAACGUCGAUUAUAACUUGUAAAUAAUGAUACGUUGACCUUCGUAUGACAAGGUUAGAACAAAUCCCCCUUUAGUUUAUGGCUUUUCAGUUUUCACAUGUAAAAAAAAAACCUUUUACGUUUUGUGAAUUAUUGUGAUAGUUGUAAGACGCCAAAGUAUUAUGUUGUUUGUGGAUUUUGUACAUAGAUUUAUUUAUGUUUUAAGAUAACAGUCAUUUUUUCCUGUUUGUUUGUGAAAUGGACUGUUUUUUGAUAUAUGUUAUCUACCAUUUUUUUUAUAACAUUGUAAAAAUUUUGAUACAAUAUAGUUUUCUUGAGAAGA